AUGGCACCCGAACAAGAGCCAAAAGGCUACCGAUGGGACAUCAUCACAGCGGAAGAACUCAAAUACGCUCCGCCGUACUUUCAAGAUGUCCCAGAAACGACGACGGAGGUAGAGUGCAAGCUCAGCGGCACCUGGCCCAAAUGGCUCCAUGGCUCUUUCCUUCGGGUUGGCGUAGGCCGUUUCACAGUCCCCACCUCCGAAGACGACUCCACGCCCCGAGUCAUCAUCCAGCACCUCUUCGACGGCCUGGCCCUCCUCCACAAAUUUCGCAUGACCGACGGUCGCGUGUAUUACAUGAGUCGCUACACUUCCAACGGGAUAACGCGCGCCGCGCAGCGAGACGGCUACGUCAAGAACUCCUGGGUGGGGCCGAAUCCCAACACGCCUCUUUUCGAAGCCCAGGAUCCGUGUUCGAAAUUACUUGGAGCGCGUCAAAUCGUUUUCCUGCCUCAUGAUUCCAUCGAACCAGAUGCUCUUAAUGUUCAUGUUCAGCCGAGACGUGGUAUGCAUCUACCGGAGGAUAAGAACCCGAAUUCGAGGGGUGUGAAGGCGGAGGAUCCGGCUACGCAGGAGAUCCUCGUUCAUACGGACUGGAACUGCAUGCAAAUCUGCGAUGCAAAGACGCUCGAGCCGAAGCGCUUACUCUCUCAUGCGGUCAUCGAUCCCGAGCUCGCUGGAACAGGGUGCUGCGCUCAUCCGGUUCAUGAUCGCAAGCGAGGAACGACGUACAACUACUUGAUCGAUGCAGCGGGUAUUAUGUAUAUUUUUGCGUUGGAUGUGGUGGCAAAUCCGGCGCGUCUGUUGUGGAAGUCGGCGCUGCCGUGUAAGCCGUGCUACACGCAUGCUCUUGCUAUGACGGACAAGUAUGUUGUGUUCGUCAGGAACCCUGUCAUAUUGGAUCUCCGUGAUCCGAGCAAGACCCUCGUCGAGGCGAUGGUAUGCGAGCACGACUCCCCCGUGUACUUUUACGUCCUAGACAAGGCCGACGGCAAGGUCAUUGCAUCCUACCAAGUCCCAAACUUCUACUUCUUCCACACAGCUAACGCCUACGACUACGUCGAUCCCAAAACGGGGCACACAAACGUCCAUGUCGACAUCGCGAGCUACAAAGCCGAGCACUACCCGUACCACGAAUACGCCAUCUCGAACGUCAUCAACCCGCUCAAACCCUACCAGACGGGCCGCCUCGUCCGCUACGAACUCUCCGCCGUCAACACGCGCGAUCCCGCCGUCAUCGUUCGCGGCACCGUCAAAGCCGCUAUUCCAGACAUGAUGGCGGAGCUACCUCGUAUAUCCAAAGCCGCAUCUAUGGACCCAAACUACCGCUUCGUCUACGGCGUAUCAGGAAACGGUAUUUCUGCUCCAGGCACAGAUGUUCCUAUCGGGCGUCUCGGUAACGGCGUCGAUAUGCCACAUGCGUCUUUCUACGGUCACCUCUUCAAGUCUGAUUGGCGGACUGGCACGUUCAAAGCGUGGGUACCGCGGAAUGGCGAGAGUUGUCCUACGGAGCCGAUUUUCAUCCAGAGGCCGGGUGCGACGGAGGAGGAUGAUGGGAUUGUGAUUACGAUCACGAUUAAUAAGGAGGGGACGAAUAGUAUACUCGUGGGGCUUGAUGGGAGGACGUUUGAGGAGGUGGCUAGGGCGGAUAUGCCACAGGUUUAUGCGCUCGGGCCGCAUGGGUCGUUUGUUGAAGGGGAUUUUGGCGUUGUGAGUACCAUGGGUCGUUAG